AGGCCCAGGCCUCAUGAAGUGAGGAGUUCUGGUACAAUUCCACUCUGACCCUGGCAGAGGCGCUCUUGUCCAUGGAACACCCAGGAAGAGAAGCUACGGUGUGUCACAUAUUUCAGAAGCUCAUCAAUGCCUUCAAGAUCCUCAAGAAAGAAAGACCAAACCGACUGCCUUUAUUGGAAUUCAUGAUCACAGAUCUAGAAGCCAGGUGCCUAAGCCUGCGGGUCAGAGUUGCGCAGCAGUCGGCGGUCACUGAAGCCACAGAGUGCUUGUUGCUGCUGAAAGACAUGGACGAUAGCCUGUUGGAAAUUGAGAGAAAGUUUAUCGACUGUGGCUACAAAGAGAAUUGCGUUGAUGUAAAACUAGAGCGAGCGAAGAUCAAGAGGUUACGUGCCCAGAACGAGGAAGAUGAAGAACAAAAAACUGCGUAUUACUUGGAAGCAUAUGGCCUGGCCCAGGGCGCCGUGGUUGAGGAGGAAGGGAGGCUCCACAGCGUCCAGGGCCUACUGUCACUUCAAGACCCUGUGGCUGCCCACACCUCCCUCGAGGGCACCCACAUUGGGCCUUGCACCUCCAGCCCUUGGCAGACAUGCACAGACAUACAGCACCACCCACCCCCACCAGCAACAGAACGAGAGGAAGAUGAAGAACAAAAAACUGCGUAUUACUUGGAAGCAUAUGGCCUGGCCCAGGGCGCCGUGGUUGAGGAGGAAGUGAGGCUCCACAGCGUCCAGGGCCUACUGUCACUUCAAGACUUGCAGAACGUCAACACGCCCCUGAUGAGGAAGCUGGCGCGCCUCAAGCUCAGCCUCGUGGAAAUGGCUCUGGACAUGCUCCAGUUCAUCUGGGAGGAGGCCCGCGGGCAGCAGAGUGGGCAGGGGUCCCUGGAGAAGCUGCUGGCAGACUAUCUGCAGAACACCAGUGACUGCACUUCCGUCGGGCUGCAAUGGUUCACGCUGAAGCGGACUCUGGCACACGAGGCACUGGCGCAGCUGGGGAGCCUGCAGCCGCUGAGUGUGGGCUGUGUGCAGAUCCGCGCCCGGCUCCUGGGCCUGGCCGGGAGGGCCCUCCACCUGCUGGCCAUGCAAGCUGACCCUGUGCGCCCUGCCUGCUACUGGGAGGAGGGCCCCUCGGUGGGCGCCAAGCUGAGCAGCCUCAAGUCUCUGGAGCUGGAGGUAGAGGAAGAGGGUGCCACAAAGUCCAGCAGGGACCCGCUGGCCUCCAGGGCGGCCCCAGAGGAGCACGGCAGGAAAGGCGAGGACCUGAAGGUGCGGCUGCCCCUCCCAAGCCUCGUGUGGCCUCUGCCCGGAGCCCGGCCUGAGCCCGAGCCUUGUGCCCCACAGGGGAGGAUGGUUCUGGCCCAGCAGUACCUGGCUCAGGCAUCAGAGGUGCUGCUGCAGUGCCUACAGGUGGCCCUUGGCAGUGGCCUCCUGGAUGUCGCAGCAGCCGCCAGCCUGGAGAUGGUGGAAUGCGUCGGCACCCUGGACCCUGCAACUACCUGCCAGUUCCUGGCUCUGUCUCAGAGCUGCUCGGCCUCGGAGACAAUGAGGGGUGUCCUGCUUGCAGCCACGGCCAACACCAGCAGCUCACAGCUGGCGGCCCUGCUGCAGCUACAGCACCAGCUCCGGUGCCAAGACAGGACCACCACCAGCCUGGGUGCCAGUGUGGAGCAGAGGCUGGCUGCCGUGUCCAAGGCUUGGCAAAAUCUCUGCGUCACUGAACAGCACUUUAACCUCUUGAAUGAGAUGCCUCCUACCUUUCGGGUCCUCUUUCUGCACCUCUCACGGGACAGGUCCUAUCUAUACGGUGCUGCCUAUGAGAAACCCAAGUUCAUUACCGCAGCCAAAGGAAAGGUGCAGCCGGUGGGAGGCUUUUGCAAGGUGAUGCGUCUGGCCAUGAGUCCCACCGCCUUCUCCCACCUGCUGGCCCGUGCCCAGCAGUUCCGGAAGCAGACCCAGGCCCAGGUGUACAGCGAGGACAUGGCCCUGAACGCAGGCUCGGAGCCAGAAGGCCUCCAGGUGGAAGAGAAGGAGUACCCUGUGCAGAGGCUCAGCAGCAUCCUGGGGCCCCUGGAGGAGCUUCUGCGGCAGCUCUUCCCCCUGCUCAGCCUCUCUGAGGCCAGAGUGCAGAUGCCGGUGGUCGUUGCUGAUUCAGGGAAGUCGAAGGGCAAAGACAAGGAGAGGAAAAUGUCCACAGGACAACACAACACAGUCCAGCCCGAGGUUGUGGAUAAGAUCAUCCUGGUGGCAGACAGACAUCUCCUGGAGCUGCCACUGGAAGGCCUCUCUGUGUUUGAUGAAGGGACAAUUUCCUCUGUGUCACGAGAAUUUUCUCUUCAAAUGUUGUGGAAUCGCCUCCAUAAAGAAGAGCCAGAAGGUGGCGUGAAAAAGGAGGGGAGAAGCAGAGACCCCAAAAAGAGAAGCCUAGUGAAGAAGGGCAGGAAGGGCAGCGUCCCCCGGACCAUCCCCGCUGACUGCAUCAUAGUCGACUCCGACAACUUCAAGUUCAUCGUGGACCCAUACGAGGAGGCCCAGGGCCCAGAAAUGCUGACUCCUGUCUCCGUCACCCAAGACAUUUUGGAAAGAUUCCAAGACACAUUCACUUCGCGAUGGGUGGGACAUCUGGGAAGCAAGCACUUUCCCAGCCAGGCCCAGUGGGAGCAGGCCCUGGGCAGCUGCAACGGCUUCUUCUUCUAUGGGAUGGAGAGUUUCCUGUCCCAUAUAUUAGUGGAGAGAUUGGUCGCCAUGAACUUGCAAGAGUGCCAGGUGGCGGUCCUGCUGGACCUGGCGCGGUCCUACCAGAGCUUGAGGCGGCACAUGGAGACCGUGGAGCACAGGAGCGCCUCACAGCUGUCCCUGGAGGAGCCCGUCGAGGAGGCCAUCCUGCUGAGCCUGGUGGGUGUCAAGAGCAUCCUGGCAAACCAGUGGCCAACGCUGCUGCAGGACAACGCGCUGCGGGCCAGCGUCCUGUGGGAAAAUCUGUUGGCCGUCGGGAAGCCGGUUGGAGAAACGGUGCGCCUCCUUCAGAAGAUGACUGGCGAGGAGGCCGUGAACCAAGACGAGGCUUCUCAGACCUUGAAGGACAAGCUGCUGCUGCUCCAGAGCGCCGAGCUACUCCCCACCACGCUCAACUUGGUCCUGUACGGGCUGCCGCACCACGCCAUUGGCUAGCACAGGCCUGGACCUGCCUCCCGUCAGCUGCUGUGGCCCUAGCACCUGCCUCUGCCCUUGGCUCUGCCCCUCUACCAACCCACCCCCACCUCCUGGCUCCCAUCCCCAGCUCCCAGCUCUCUCUCCCCUUCCUGGGCCUCUACCCAGCCCUCGGUGCAGCCUCAGCCAGAGAUCCUUCCCCAGUGACUUCCGGCAAAACCGCCUUUCCCUGGGG